CCACCCUUCUCCAACAUGAAGUUCCUUAUCGUCUUCGUCGCCCUCUUCGCCAUGGCCGUGGCCCGCCCCAACGAGUCAGCGAUCUUGAGGCAGGAUUCCGAUGUGCAGCCCGACAAGUGGAGCUCCAUCCUGGAGACCAGCGACGGCACCAAGAUCGACCUGAAUGGUGCCCUUAAGGACGUUGGUACCGAGCACGAGGCCGCCGUCGUUCACGGAUCCUACUCCUGGGUGGAUGAGAAGACCGGCGAGAAGUUCACCGUCACCUACGUGGCCGAUGAGAACGGAUUCCAGCCCCAGGGCGCCCAUCUGCCCGUGGCCCCACCUUCAACGAUCUACAACGCCCUCAACAUGAAAUUCGCCAUCGUCCUGUUCGCCCUCUUCGCCGUGGCCGCUGCCCGCCCCAACGAUUUCAAUCCUGCGGUCGUGCACCAGGAUGUGGAGAUCCAGCCCGAGGGCUUUAAGUUUGAAUUUGAGACCAGCGAUGGCAAGAAGCACCAGGAGCAGGGUCAACUGAAGAACGUCGGAACCGAGCAAGAGGCCAUCGCCGUUAAGGGCUCCUACUCCUACACCGACGACGAAGGUAAUGUCCACAGUGUCAGCUACACCGCCGAUGAGAACGGAUUCCAACCCGAGGGUGCUGAUAUACAUAAACCCUAAGUUUAAAGAGUAUAAAUAAAUUGUUAAAAAAAUAAAUAGUCAUUGUUUGGAUCUUAAA